AUGGCUAGUAGCCUCGCCCCAGUUCAAUGGUACUUUUUCUCUUGUAUUCCCGGAAUCUUUCUCGUCAACAAGAUCGGUCGAAGCCAGCUCUUGCUGUUUGGCUGCGUCGGCAUGACCGUAUGUCUGAUCAUUGUGGGGGUGACGGUCCACAUAGGUGGCACCGGACCCGGGGCUGCGGCGAUCGUCUUCAUCUGGCUCUAUCUCUUUUCCUACGCGCAAGGCUGGAAUUCCAUCCCUUGGCUCUACCCGGUCGAGAUUGUGCCUCUAGAUAUCAGAGCCCAGUCGGCCGCCAUUUCGACCUCGGGGAACUGGAUCUUCAACGUUAUGGUCGUCAUGGUCACGCCAGUCUGCUUUGCGAGCAUUGGCUGGAAGACUUAUAUCAUGUUUGCCGCCUUCAACGCCGCUGUGCUCCCCAUUGUCUAUUUUUGCUCCCCUGAAACGGCACAGCGGACCCUUGAGGAGAUGGAUAUCAAAUCCCCCAAGCCUACUGGAGUCCUCAACGCCGUCAAGGUGGCCAAGAACGAACCUCUGCAUUUCGAUUGA